UAAAGUGGAGGGGCUGUGACUGGAUGAGUCUUAAGUGUUUGGAAAGUUCCAGCUAGUUGGCUCAGUUUAUUGACGUCUGUGAAAAACUCCAAAGGUUACAAAUCACGUCAAACACUCCUCCUCUCAUGUGUGGUCACUCAUUUUUUUUGUAAAAGUCUGUGAUGUGUAAUCUGCCUCUCCAAUAAGAUUCCUUUAUUGCCUUGUACCAAAAUAAUGGUUUCACUUUGAUCAUUAUGUGAACUAAUGUUAAAGUUUUCAAAACACAUGAAACACAUGCCCUUAAAAAGAAUUUGGCAAAUGAGUCAUUCAUUUAUAGCUGUAAUUGUUUUGCAGCAAGACAAUACAAUCCAUCCAUCUCUUUUGUUUCACGCCCCCUGGACUUACUUUGAAAAAUCUUUCUGUCCAACCAGAAGCUGCCUCUGUAGUAUGCAGGAUGUUUAUGUUUAGAGCUAUAUGUUCUCAGUUCCCUCCCUUUAACACUCCAACACACACACACACACACACACACACACACACACACACACACACACACACACACACACACACACACACACACUCGCUCUUUCUCAUUUACCUUCAUUUAUUGCCCACGUCUGCUGAGUGACAAAGCGCGUCUUUCAAAAUGAUUACAAAGCUAGACAGUGUGCUUUUGCCCCGAAAAAAGUUCAUCUUCCAUUACAAGAACGUGCGCUGGGCAAGGGGCCGGCAUGAGACAUACCUCUGCUUUGUAGUAAAAAGGCGAGUGGGGCCAGACUCCUUAUCCUUUGACUUUGGACACCUCCGCAAUCGCAAUGGCUGCCAUGUAGAGCUGCUGUUCCUGCGGUACCUGGGAGCCUUGUGUCCUGGUUUAUGGGGGUACGGAGGUACUGGAGAGAGGAGGCUCAGUUAUUCCAUCACCUGGUUCUGCUCCUGGUCUCCCUGUGCUAACUGCUCCAUCAGAUUGUGUCAGUUCCUCAGCCAGAUGCCCAAUCUUCGCCUCAGGAUCUUUGUCUCUCGCCUUUAUUUCUGUGACAUGGAGGACAGCCGUGAAAGAGAGGGCCUAAGAAUGCUGAAAAAAGCCGGCGUGCAGAUCACAAUCAUGAGUUACAAAGACUUCUUCUAUUGCUGGCAGACCUUUGUGGCUCGUAAGCAGAGCAAAUUCAAGGCCUGGGAUGAGCUGCACACAAACUCUGUUCGCCUUGCUAGAAAACUCAACCGCAUCCUUCAGCCCUGUGACACAGAAGAUUUAAGAGAUGCCUUCAAGCUUCUUGGACUGUGAAACAUACUUCCUCUGGUGUUACCAUUAAGUCUAUCAUUAAGCCUAUAGAGAAAAAGACAUGUUGGUGUUGUUCCAUCACUACAACUGCUAAACUGAGAAUGGGAAAAACUGAGAAAAAUAGCUUUCAAGUUGUGGCAAGGCUUGUAACGUUACGUAGCUGCUGCUUGCUGUAUCUGUAGCAAUAUGGUCAUGUAAA